CAUGUUCUGCGCUACUCGGGGUGUGUGGAAACGCUUUGAUCGCCACCGACUACUGGACUUGUGAAAGAAGGCUGCAGCAGUAACUGCUUUUAAUGUUAAGACUUUUCUCCGCCGUGUCGAGCGCUGUUCUUCUGUGGACCUUGGAACUGAGAAUACAUUGCUCGAGGCAGCAGCCCAUUUGUGUGAAUUAGCGGCUCCGAAAAGAAGCCAUAUCUGGUCAAAGUAUUCAGCUGUCACAUGCGCUAUAUAUAGUGUGGGAUAAGCGCUGUCUGAAUUUCUUCUGCCCCCUUCCUGCAUUUUAUCUUCUUCGCCAUGUUCCGUAAAGAGAUGGAUAAGUACCGGGAUGUGGAUGAGGAUGAGCUCUUGCAGAAGCUCAGUGAAGAAGAGCUCAGGAGACUAGAAGAUGAACUCGAAGAGCUUGAUCCUGAUAACGCACUGUUGCCUGCAGGAUUCAGACAGAGGGAUCAGACCAAGAAAGCUCCGACCGGAACGUUCCAGAGGGAUGACCUUCUCACUCAUCUUGAGAAACAGGCCAAAGAGCAUCCAGACCGUGAUGAUCUUGUUCCCUACACUGGCGAGAAAAGAGGAAAAGUGUGGGUGGCUAAGACCAAAGUUGUUGACCCUAUCCUGGAAGAUGUCACUCUGGAGCCUGAACUAGAGGAGGCGCUAUCCAGUGCUACUGACGCAGAAUUGUGCGAUAUAGCAGCCAUUUUGGGCAUGCACACACUGAUGAGUAAUCAGCAGUAUUACGAAGCUCUGGCCAGCAGUACUAUCGUCAACAAACAGGGCUUGAACAGCGUAAUCCAGUGUACUCAGUAUAAGCCAGUGCCAGACGAACAGCCCAAUGACACAGAUGUAGAGGAAACACUACAGCGAAUCAAGAGAAAUGAUCCAGACCUUGUUGAGGUCAAUCUAAACAACAUCAAGAAUAUUCCAAUUCUAACUUUGAAAGCGUAUGCUGAAGUUCUCAAAGGGAACAGUGUUGUAGAGCGCCUGAGCAUCGUUGGCACCAGAAGUAAUGAUCCUGUGGCCUUUGCACUAGCAGACAUGCUGAAAUUGAACACCACUCUGAAGAGUCUAAACGUUGAAUCAAACUUCAUUACUGGAGCUGGAAUUCUUGCACUUGUGGAAUCAUUAAAGAGUAACACUACACUGCUGGAGCUAAAGAUUGAUAAUCAGAGCCAGCCUUUAGGUAAUAAAGUUGAGAUGGAGAUGGCUAACAUUUUGGAGAGGAACACUACUCUGCUAAAGUUUGGAUACCACUUCACCCAGCAGGGCCCACGCUUGCGUGGAUCUAAUGCCAUGAUGAACAACAAUGAUCUGGCACGUGUAGUUCGGUCGGACUCAGAUGGCGCGAUCACAUUCACUCUGUCAGUCCCUGAGCUGGAAAGAGCCUUCUGUAAAAAGUUCAAGUUCACAACGAAACCCAAUAAGAAAGAGAAGGCUUGAAGAAGGACCUAUCUUUCCUAAAUGUCGGACAGACGUGUAACAGCAUCAGGAACCCUCUAUGGCCUGGGACCUGCAUCACACCCCAUCUUAUCCCAGAUCCUCACACCAUUUCUGUCCCUUUCACAGAUUACUCACAAAAUCAUCUAAAGGAAACAUUCAAUUCAGAAGGCUUUUUUUCAAAGCCCCAGAUCUGGAAACCCAAAGGUACCACCCUCUGUUUACCAGACACAUAGUUACUCAUGGCCGAGUGUUUUAAAAAUGUGUAAACUACCUGCCAUAACAUUAGCAGGGAAAAAUCAACUACUUGUGUUGAUGGAAGCAGGAAAGAUGAAAAUGAUGCUCAAUUUAUCACUGUUUUCAAUUGACAUUAAUCUUCACAGCCAGCCAACCAUUUUGCAGUGUUUGGAUGCACACCAAGAACAUCAAACUUCAAACUUCACUGAUUGUAGCUGUGGUUUUGCCUUUUCUGGGCCAGUUCUCGCACACAACGCGUAGAAGCAUGUACUGUGUGUUUUUUUUUUUUUUUUUAGGAUAUGCUAUAA